CGUGUGCCUGCUCAGUGAAAGUUUAAUUGUUCUGCAACUAAAAAUAAAUAGUAUGAACCCAGUCAUGAACAAGUACUUAUCUGUUAUUCUGCUAUCCGUGGCACUUGUUGGAGCCGCUAAGCCGGAAGAUAAUGAAUCGUGUUACUCCUUUGCCGGUGGAUCCGUAUAUCCCGAUCAGCCAAAGGGAGACCAUCAAUUGCAGUACACCAAGGCAGUCAUUUCCAAGCCAGCCCCGCAGUUCGAGGGAACCGCUGUGGUUAAUAAGGAGAUUGUGAAGCUAUCGCUGUCCCAGUAUCUGGGAAAAUACGUAGUGCUACUCUUCUAUCCACUGGACUUCACCUUUGUCUGCCCCACGGAGAUCAUAGCCUUCUCCGAUCGCAUCGCCGAGUUCAAGAAGAUCAAGACGGAAGUGAUUGGAGUCAGCGUGGACUCGCACUUCACCCAUUUGGCUUGGAUCAACACACCGCGGAAAGAAGGCGGUCUGGGCAACGUGAAGAUCCCCCUGCUCUCCGAUCUGACGCACAAGAUCAGCAAGGACUACGGCGUCUAUCUGGAGUCCAGUGGCCAUGCGCUGCGUGGUCUCUUUAUCAUCGAUCAAUCGGGAGUGCUGCGACAGAUCACCAUGAACGAUCUGCCAGUGGGACGAUCUGUGGAUGAGACCAUUCGCCUCGUCCAGGCCUUCCAGUACACGGAUACCCAUGGAGAGGUGUGCCCAGCGGGUUGGCGGCCAGGUGCCGAUACGAUCGUUCCCAAUCCCGAGGAGAAAACCAAGUACUUUGCCAAGAACAACUAAGAAUAGAUGCUCAUCGCAUUUAGCAGCCCAGCCCAGUUACAUUCCAAGUGUUCACGACUGAAUCAUGACUUGAAUCACUUGAGUCCUCUGUACAAAUGAAGUCCGCAAUGCCACCGAUUGCAUUUGUUUUGUAAAAAAUAUAUAUUUUGUUUAUUUUACAGCAUAACUGAGAGAUAAAUAAAUUGAUGAAGUACAA